AUGGCGACGAGCAAGGAGGACAUCAAGCACGGCACGGCCCAGGCGAGGUUGACCGUGGACGACGAGCUCAGGACCGGCUACUUCAAUGGCUCGCCGCUGGAGGGCGGCAAGAUCGCCGACUCCGACCCCGUCGACCUCUUCGCCCAGGCGCGGCACGUGGCCGACGCCUCGCCGCACCAGCAGCAGCAGCAGCCGCGGCGUGAUCUGGGGGAGGAGGAAGGGAGGAAGGCCGGGGCGGAGGAGCCGCGGGCGCAGGCGCGGCAGGGGAUGGGCGCCGGUGGACGUCAGCUCGGGCGCCAGUAG